CGUCCAGGUCCGGCGCUGGGAUGGGCUCCGUGUGGAAGAGGUUCCAGCGCAUCAACAAGAAAGCUGCCAAGUUCCAGUUCACAGCCUCGUAUCAUGAACUGGCUCUCACAGCGACUCCGAAAUGGCAGCCGAGCCAGCUAAGCGUGGUGUGGCUGCGGCGGACGCGUCGAGUGGUGCACGACGCCCCGGCAUGGGAGCCCUCCAUGAGGAACCCCCUGGAAGGACUGUGCGUCUGGGCCGUCCCCACCAACACCACCAUCACAGUCACGCUGUUCAGGGACAACCGCACCAAUGAAUUUGAAGACAAGGAGUGGACCUUCGUUAUAGAGGACGUGUCGUCGACGGGCAAGCGGCGUCAGGUAGCGACGGCGCAGAUCAACAUGAAACAGUAUGCGGGGUUCAGCACGCAGCACGACGUUAAGGUCAAACUUCGGCCGCUAAGCAAAAAAGUCGUGUCGGCUUCCCUGGACCUUACUCUCUCCUGCCUCUUCCUGCGAGAAGGCAAAGCAACAGACGAGGACAUGCAGAGUAUGGCGUCCCUCAUGUCCAUGGCAACGCCGAACGACAUCGCUCCCCUCGAGGACUUCGACGACGACGAUGACACCGAAGGUCGCAGCUUCAGCGAGCCAGGGAGUCGUGUGUCAACCCUGCGACGCAAAGGACGCCCCACCCUCACCUCGCCAGGUUCCCCAGGUGACGCCAUGGUGCGGUCGGCCGAGUUCAGCCAGCUCGCUGCCCAGAUCAGCUCCCUCACCUCCUCCUUCCACCAGGACGACCCCCUCUCCUUCCCCCUGGACGAUCCGCUACUGGAUCCCGGGUACCCUCUGGACCACUGCACUCCCGAGCGUCCUCUGCUGUCGCCCUCUUCUGCCCUCUCACCGCCCCACUCACCUUACACGCCCACGCCCACGGCAACUCCUCUGCAAGACUCCCCCUUGAACGUCUUUGACGAAACGGAGGAGGACGCGGCCACGCUGGAGGGCGGCGAGGAGCAAGCUCAAGCCAUAACCACCGAGGGCGAGACGGCGUAUCCAUCCGAGAGCGGCGCCCUGUCACCCACCGCCGCCCACGCCGCCGCCCAGCCCGCCCACGAAACUCAUCAUCCAUCCGUCCACGAAGGGUUGACGGACGCGGGAGAGCGACGGCGCACGCGCGAGGACCGGCAAGCUCUGCAGCCCCUCGACCUUAACUCAGUCCAU